GAUCCGCCAUUGCGAUCAGCCUCGAUCCGCCAAGAGUGCGACAGCAUUGGCAUGAGGGGAGGAGGAGCUGGGGAGAAGCUCCACAAGGAGGCCAAUGUCGCGCACGGCGCCGCCGUGUACGGUGGCUCCGGCAAGGCCAGGUUCUCCUUCCUCUACGGCCUCCUCCUCUACGUCAUCCUGCCGGUGCUGGUCCUGUAUUUCGUCGUCAUCGCCGCCUCGCCGUUCUACAACCUCCGGUGCUCGCCGGAGGGCAAUGCCAUGGCGGCCCAUUUCGUGGUGGCCAGACCCAACGUUUCUUUGGCCACGUUAAACGUUUCGUCUUCGCCUCCUUCCCCGCCUCCGGUGGCCAAGCCUAGGUUGACGGCGGAGGAGGCGCCCACUGGGCUGCGCCACAUCGUGUUCGGCAUCGGCGCGUCGGCGUCGCUGUGGGAGAGCCGGAAGGAGUACAUCAAGCUGUGGUGGCGGCCGGGGCGGAUGCGUGGGUUCGUGUGGAUGGACAAGCCAGUGGAGGAGUUCUACUCCAAGAGCUCUCGCACGGGGCUCCCGGCGAUCAUGGUGAGCUCGGAAACGUCCAAGUUCCCGUACACCCACGGCGCCGGCAGCCGCUCGGCGCUGCGGAUCUCGCGCAUCGUCUCCGAGACGUUCCGGCUGGGACUCCCCGGUGUCCGGUGGUUCGUGAUGGGCGACGACGACACGGUGUUCCUGCCGGAGAACCUGGUGCACGUGCUGUCCCAGUACGACCACCGGCAGCCGUACUACAUCGGGUCGCCGUCAGAGAGCCACAUCCAGAACCUCAUCUUCUCGUACGGCAUGGCGUUCGGCGGCGGCGGGUUCGCCAUCAGCCGCGCGCUGGCGGAGGAGCUGGCCAAGAUGCAGGACGGGUGCCUGCACCGGUACCCGGCGCUGUACGGCAGCGACGACCGCAUCCACGCGUGCAUGUCGGAGCUCGGCGUGCCGCUGACGCGCCACCCGGGUUUCCACCAGUGCGACCUGUGGGGCGAUGUGCUGGGCCUGCUGGGCGCGCACCCCGUGGCGCCGCUGGUGACGCUGCACCACCUCGACUUCCUGGAGCCGGUGUUCCCGACGACUCCGUCGCGCGCGGGGGCGCUGCGGCGGCUGUUCGACGGGCCCGUGCGUCUGGACUCCGCGGCGGUGGCGCAGCAGUCGGUGUGCUACGACCGCGCGCACCAGUGGACGGUGUCCGUCUCGUGGGGCUUCGCGGUGAUGGUGGUGCGCGGGGUGCUGUCGCCGCGGGAGAUGGAGACGCCGGUGCGGUCGUUCCUCAACUGGUACAAGCGCGCCGACUACACGGCCUACUCGUUCAACACCCGGCCCGUGGCGCGACAGCCGUGCCAGAAGCCGCACGUGUACUACAUGCGCGCCACGCGGAUGGACCGGCGCCGCAACGUGACGGUGACGGAGUACGAGCGGCACCGCGUGAAGCAGCCCACCUGUCGGUGGCGCAUCGCCGACCCCGCCGCGCUGCUCGACAGCGUCGUCGUGCUCAAGAAGCCCGACCCCGACCUCUGGAAGCGGUCGCCGAGGAGGAACUGCUGCAGAGUGGUGUCGUCGCCGAAGAAGGGGAAGGACCGGUCGAUGACCAUCGACGUCGGCGUGUGCAGGGACGGCGAGUUCGCCAAGGUUUAAU